AGUGGAGGGACACGAAGACAGUGUCUGCGAGAGAAUGAGAGGGAGAGAAGGACGUAGGUCAGCUGGUUAAGCUCUGUGAGCUCGAUACGACUCGGUUCUGACUGCUUCAGUCUCGCGUCAGGACUCGAAUGUGGCGGAAGGAACAACGAUCCUGCUCAGUUGGCCAACGUUCCUCUUCAGUUGACCACUGGGUCCUCGCGGCUCGAAACGCAGAUCUCAUAGUUCUCACGUCCAGUGGAACAACGCGUGCAACUACAUGUGUGUUCCUCCACUCUUGAUACAAGUAACUCUGUUGUGUUGUGUGUUGGUGACGAUUAUCUCUUAAAUUUUUUUUUUUUUUUCUCUCUUGAAUCUUUUGCACAUCGAUCUUGCGCAAAGAUCAACGAUACGACACGUUUACGCUGGUCUUGAUGAUACCGAUCAGCCGCGAAUUUUCAAUGAUCUCUGGCCAGGAUUACACCUGAGGGGAUAUCUGCGAAGAAAACGGGAAGAAAUCGAGGGAGGAGGAUUCGUUCUACAAGAUCGUUUGGGCUAAGUCGAAGUGACGCGACAGCGAGAGGUGACGGUGGCCUAAUGAACAUGAACAACGUGCAGAACAACACAGACGCCACUUCGGACAUGACAGCAAUGCCAAAUCCACCGCCGCUGGUCAAUCCGGGGCUGAACAACGCCACGUGGAACCGGCAGCAGGCGGUCAGCGUCAGAAACGCCUUCAAAAGUUACGGAAGCAGCAAGAAUCCGAACCACAUUCUUCAAAAUCUCAGCAUGACCGUACCGAAAGGAUCCAUUUAUGGACUACUCGGCGCCAGCGGAUGUGGUAAGACCACCCUACUCUCUUGCAUCGUUGGCCGAAGGAAAUUGAAUUCUGGAGAGAUCUGGGUUCUCGGUGGUAAGCCAGGCACCAAAGGAUCUGGUGUUCCUGGGAGGAGAGUUGGCUACAUGCCACAGGAGAUCGCCUUGUACGGAGAGUUUAGCAUUCGAGAAACGAUGAUGUACUUUGGCUGGAUAUUCGGCAUGUGCACCGAAGAAAUCCAGGAAAGACUUCGGUUUCUAUUGCAAUUCUUGGAUCUGCCCACCCAGAAUCGAUUGGUGAAGAAUCUUAGCGGUGGCCAGCAGCGACGAGUGUCCUUCGCGGUUGCUCUGAUGCACGAUCCGGAGCUCUUGAUUCUCGACGAGCCAACAGUGGGUGUGGAUCCUCUCUUGCGGCAAAGCAUCUGGAACCACUUGGUCCAAAUCACGAAAGAUGGUAAUAAAACUGUGAUUAUAACCACACACUACAUCGAGGAGGCCCGACAAGCGCACACGAUCGGAUUGAUGAGGAGCGGCCGUUUACUAGCUGAGGAGUCUCCCAGGGCUCUUCUGACCAUGUCCAACUGCAACUCUCUUGAAGAAGCUUUCCUGAAACUGUCGCGGCAGGAGGGUCAGAACAUCCAGUCGACAGACUUAAACAUCACGAACAACAUCAGUCUGGCUUCUCUAAACUGGGGCAAGAAGACCGAACCGGUGUACGUGACAGAAGAAUCAGGCGUCGUUGGCUUAAACUUCCAUCAGAGCAAAGAGGUUCUCAUUCAUGACUCGACGAACAGCAUACCGAGUCACUACGAUAUGAGCGCAAAAUCGUUGUCAAAAAUGAAGAAUUCGGCGUUCCUUAACGAUUGCACCGAGCUCAAUCAUUGGUACAGCGUGACGAAUAGCGGCAAAAUGAAAGCGUUGUUGCAGAAAAACUUCCUGCGCAUGUGGAGAAAUGUAGGGGUAAUGCUGUUCAUCUUCGCGUUACCAGUGAUGCAAGUGGUGCUGUUCUGUCUUGCGAUUGGUAGAGAUCCAAAAGACUUGAAAAUGGCUAUAGUCAAUCAUGAGAUGAUCUAUGGAAACAAAUCCUGCCCAGUUUCGGAGGACUGUAACUUUUCUCAUCUCAGUUGUCGGUACCUGAAAUUUUUAGACGACGACAUGAUGAAACUGAAAUAUUAUCGGGAUCCUCACUCGGCUAGAAAUGCGGUCCGCAACGGAGACGCGUGGGGACUCUUGUAUUUUACGGAGAACUUCACGGAUGCUCUUGUCGCAAGAAUGGCCCUUGGAAGAGAAGCUGACGACGAGACGUUGGAACAGAGCGAGAUCAGAGUCUGGCUAGAUAUGUCCAAUCAACAGAUAGGUUUGAUCUUAGCCAGGGAGCUUCAAUAUUCAUACAGGGAUUUUGCUAAAGACCUGCUGUCAUCCUGCGAUCAGAACGCAAAGCUAGCUGACGUACCGAUUCAGUUCAAGGAUCCAAUUUACGGCAGGAAACAACCGAAAUUCACCGACUUCGUGGCGCCAGGAGUAAUUUUAACUAUUAUUUUCUUUCUGGCGGUGGCUCUCACUUCGUCCGUUUUGAUCAUGGAGAGAAUGGAGGGCCUCUUGGAUAGAAGUUGGGUGGCCGGCGUUUCACCAGCCGAGAUCCUUUUCUCUCAUGUGAUCACCCAAUUCGUGGUGAUGUGCGGACAAACUGCACUGGUGCUUAUCUUCAUGCUUGUCGUGUUCGACGUUGAAUGCCAAGGACAAAUCGGCUGGGUGAUCGUACUGACGAUACUUCAGGGUCUCUGCGGCAUGUGCUUCGGGUUUGUAAUUUCAGCGAUUUGCGAACUCGAAAGGAAUGCAAUCCAGUUAGCUUUGGGCAGUUUCUAUCCUACGCUUCUAUUAAGCGGUGUAAUUUGGCCAAUAGAAGGUAUGCCGAAAUUUCUUCGGUACUUAUCUCAGGGUCUUCCACUAACAAUGGCCACAACGUCACUACGUGCAAUGCUGACACGCGGCUGGUCCAUGUCAGAGUCAGAUGUUUAUUUGGGCUUCAUUGCAACCGUCACCUGGAUUAUUCUAUUCCUCACGAUAAGCAUAGUGGUACUCAGGCUUAAACGCGGAUAGAACGUGCUCGUAGCGUUUUUGAAAUAAUUAUUGCCACGUGGAAAGAGAAAAAUCAAGAUAACGACCGCUGGCUCGACCAUCGAACGGUCGACCAUCGGUGGAGACUCGAGGGGAGAUCGCUUCAGCAGCUUCCUCGAGACGAUCUCGUUGCACCCUUUGUACGUGAAUCUUCAGAUAUAUGUGAUGCUGCUUAUGCGCUUAAUAUCCCUUAUGUGUGAAUCAAGGAAGAAUGAUUGUUUAUCUGUAUAUCUGAUCCUUAGGAAUUUCUUCUCUUUUAUCUUCUCUUUUUUUUUUAGUUAAAUAAUAACUGUAAUAUAAUAUAAUGCGCAUCCCUCAUGGCAAUGCAUUUUAGUACGAACAUUAACAAGUAUUCAUCGUCUCGUUUAAAUUCACCUAUUAAGAAGAGAUAUGCUGUACAAAUUGCUUGGCGAUGAACGAGACGAUCUUUACUUAAAUGUAGUACGAUGCGCCCUUGGUAAAUUUGUCCCAAAUGUAAAUGGGAUUGCGAGUAAGUGGUUAAGUUAACGAGUAGCAAAUUAGUAGACGUAGAACAGUUACUUGCCCAUGACUUAAAUGUAUGUUUUAUUUAAUUUGUGAGCUAAAAGAAAAAGAUUAGCAUGAUUAAACGACAUGAAAAGCAAUGAAGAAACAAUGUUUCUGCAAACAAGAAAUUUGUUAGUUUCGAAAUUAUUGAAAAAAAGAAAAUAUAUAUAUAUAUAUAUAAUUAGAAUAAUUAAUAUGCGCUAGUGUAAUAUGGUUCUAAGAACACGAAAUAUGUGUAAUGAUAUUGUAGGAUGUAAAUUAUAGUAAUUACAUUUUAUACGUUAUCAGUCUUUCUGAUUAUUUACGCCUCAGAAAAACGAUUGAUGCAAAGGAUACAUGGAAGGUAUAUUUUAAAGCAAAAAGGACAAAAAUACUACAUUUCCGUUUCCCGUUCUCUAUUUUCUGUAUAAAAGUCAUUUACAAAAAAAUAAAAAAUAUUUCAACGCCUA